UUUCACUUAGGCAUGCUGUUAAUAUUUUAUAAAAUGUUUGGAGGCAGGUUAUAGGCCGGUAUUUAGCUGGAUUUUUGGUGUCAGUAUCUUUAGGAAUCAUAUAAGUUACUCCUUGUGUUAGAGCUGUUAGCAGUUUACGCAGACUCUGCCCCUGAUAAAACCAUGGUUUAUAAGUGGUAUGGUCUUUUCAAACAAGGAAGAGAGUCUAUUGAAGAUAGUCCCCCCUCCGGACGGCCAAUUGACGCCAAUACACCGGAAAUCGUCGCAAAAGUAGAAAAACUUGUAUUAGGAGAUACCCGGCUGAAGGAGAAGCAGCUUACAGCACUAGUUGGAGUAUCCGAAACAAGUAUUUUAAAUAUUAUACAUCAUCAUCUUGGCAUGACCAAGCUCUGUGAAGAGAGUAGGGAAGAAGUUAUGGCCCGGAUUGUUAUUGGAGAUGAAACCUGGGUUCACCACUAUGAACCCAAGUCGAAGCAAGAGUCGAUGCAUUGGCAUAAAAAAGGCACAACUCCUUUGAAGAAGUGUCCUAAUCGGCUGGAAAGAUCAUGGCGAAUAUCUUUUGGGAUACAGAAGGUAUGCCUAUAACGAGACAGUACUACGCUACUUUACUGGAUCGAUUGAAAAAAAGAAAAGAAAAGCUGUCAAAAGGUGUGCUCUUUUUGCACGACAACGCUCCCGUCCACACGUGCCAUGUUGCGACGCCUGCUAUCCACCGAUGCGGGUGUGAAAAUUCCAGAUUGGCUCACAGUGACUAUUAUUUAUUCCCAAAAAUGAAAAAGGAGCUGCCUGGAAAAAAUUUUGGCGACGAUGAAGAAGUCUAGUCUGCAAUUUUGGCCUGUUUUGACAGCAAAGAUAAACUUUUUUUUUUUUGAUGAUUCGAAAAAUGUAUUAAGAGAGAAUAUAUUAAAAAGAAAAAAAAAAGGUUCAUAUUUAAUUUCAACCUCCUUCCCCAUCAUUCCGCGAAC